AUGGCAACCACAUACCAUAUGAUUGCGCAGCGUCGACCUCGAAGGAUUCGGGCUGUUCAAAGAGAACCCAACAAACAAUGCAUAUUCGAAUGCGCUAUCCUGCAGUAUAAAGGGACAUGCCGUAGCCUUACGCAGAAAAAAAAAAUGCAAAAGGCGAUUCUCUUCUUCUCCCUCUUUGUCGCCUCUUCCGGAAUGGAUUAUGCUGGUGAUGCUAAUCAGGAAACAUAUUGGUUCGAGGAAAACUCCGGUGAUAACGCCAAGCAAAAUCUCGAAAUUAUGGACACCGAAAUCACGUUGACCGAUCGUAAUUCCCAAGAAGAGGGGGACACAGCGGGAUCCAAUGGAGACAUAGUUAUACGAGCGAAACGAUACUGUGGAUACGGCUGCUGUGGAGGAUGUAUGAAUUGUAACUGUGCAACGAUGGCUCCUGUGACUUACGCACCAUGUGGAUGUUGUGGCUGUGGAUAUGGAUAA